AUGGAGGAGGCAUUGGACUGGGUAUCUGAGAAUCAGAGCACAGUCGCCUUGACUUGGGUCGCUGUGGUGUUCGCUACUGCUGUUCUGUGGUUUGCAACAAAAGGAGAAUCUGAAGCCGCUGUGGACUUUGAAGUGCCACUGCCUAAGCAGUGUGGACCUGGUUGGCAAGGAGAGGUCUUGCAGGAACCUAGUUUGAAGAUCUCAGGUUCUUCAGCAGUGCAAUGCUACUGCCCAGCAACAGGUCAACUCCUCGGCGUCAUCAACCCUUCUACCCCUGAUGGCAUUGAUAGAGCUAUUGCACGUGCUCAAGAAGCUCAGCGUACUUGGGCGCUAACGACGUUCUCGCAACGUAGAAAGGUCCUUAGAACAUUGUUGAAGUAA